GAGUAGAUAAUGAGUGAAUUUUCAUUUCUGGGUGAACUAUCCCUUUAAGAAUGCAGCUUAGGAGGAGAUGGCUCUAAUAGUUGCUGACAGUGCAGUUGAAAGUCGAAACAAAUGAAAUACACGUCUGGAGAAAACAGGAAAAAAAGCUUAUACCACCCAAAAGAACACCAACACCCAAAAUGCACUGGGCUCCUUGCGUUCCAAGGCCACGCCCAGGUCGCUCCUAUUGGCGGAGCUUGACUGGAACUCCGGGUGUGUGUUUGUAAACGUUGGCGGCGGGUGGGCGGGAUGCGCUGCUCAGGUGUCACCGGACCAAGACGUCCAGAGUCAACAUCUCUGGGAAGUGAAGUUUUCAGUCGCGAUGGUUUCGACCUGCAUUGUUCCCGAGUGUAAGGACUCGAAGAGGAAGCGCCUGGCCGGGGUGAGGUAUCACCGGUUUCGAGUGAGCUGUCCCAGCCUCUGCAGGCGGUGGCUGAAGGCAGCGAACAACCCCAGAUAUGGCGUGAACACCGCGAUGGCAGCUCUUAAAAACCUGCGGGUGUGUGGUCUCCAUUUCCGACCGGAGGACUACGAGCGGAACGUUUUGGACCAAAGCGUCAAGAGCCUGAAGGAAUCCGCUGUCCCGUCCACUAACCUGGGGGAAGGAGACCCGGGAGCACCUGUCAAACCGGCCCGCACAGGAGUGAUGUCAGGCCCGUCCAGCACAGCCCAGACCCCGCCCACCCGCCACAAAAACAAACACAGAGGGACCAGACUAAUACCCGGGAUGUGCUCCGUCCUCGGCUGCGGUUCGUCGCGUCGCGGUGCGCAGCGGUUCAAGUUGCCGAAGGACCCAGAGAAGAGGCUGGAGUGGGUCCAGUUUGUGUUCGAGGCGAACUGCCAGCGGCUCAAAGAGUCGUCCUGGACCGACAUCACCAUCUGCAGGGAACACUUCACCGAGGACUGCUUCGGGAAAACUACGACCGGCGCGGUUCAGCUGGGGAGCGGCGCUGUGCCGUCGCUGCGCGGGAGAUGUGAGCCAGGCGAACACGUGGAGAGCCCCCGGUCUGUGGCAAUGCCAACAGAGGACAUCCCCAGCAGUGCAGAUGCCUUUGCGAUUAUCACUUUGAGCGCUGAAGAGAGCGCUGAAGAGAGCGACCCCUCCGAUGAAGGGGAGGACGGUGAUGAAGGUGGGGUGAAUUCAGACAGGGAGUGGAAUCCAUUGGAUGAGAUGUUGCUGGAUGAGGCGCUCCUUCAGGACUCUGAGGAGGAAACCGAAGACGAAGAGGAGAACGAUUCCCCGGGUGGUCUCAAAAUGAACGAGCUCUGCAAUGAGUGUGGACGUUUUUUCAACUCUCUGAAGCCUCACACAUGCGAACACAAAAUUAAGCCCGUUCCCGGCAAUAUUUGCGGCAAAAGAUGUGUUUCUGAAGCUGCUCUAAAAAUUCACAGCAGAGCUGUGCCGUCGCUGCGCGUCGCUGUGGAGAGCCCCCGGUCUGUGGAGCCUGUGGAGACCAGAGAAGUCUCUUCCUCCUCUGAAAAAUCUAAACACACCUCAACUGAUGUGGUCACCAAAGAACGUGGACCAGAAAAACAAAACGUUUCAAAUACUGUUUUGAACAAGAAAAAAGCUGCAGCUGUACAGAGGAAAAAAUAUCAUGCAAUGCCAACAGAGGACAUCCCCAGCAGUGCAGAUGCCUUUGCGAUUAUCACUUUGAGCGCUGAAGAGAGCGCUGAAGAGAGCGCUGAAGAGAGCACUGAAGAGAGCGCUGAAGAGAGCGCUGAAGAGAGCGACCCCUCCGAUGAAGGGGAGGACAGUGAUGAAGGUGGGGGGAAUUCAGACAGUGAGUGGAAUCCAUUGGAUGAGAUGUUGCUGGAUGAGGCGCUCCUUCAGGACUCUGAGGAGGAAACCGAAGAUGAAGACGAAGACGAAGACAAAGAUGAAGAUGAAGAGGAGAACGAUUCCCCGGGUGGUCUCAAAAUUAACGAGCUCUGCAAUGAGUGUGGACGUUUUUUCAACUCUCUGAAGCCUCACACAUGCGAACACAAAAUUAAGCCCUUUUCCUGCAAUAUUUGCGGCAAAAGAUGUGUUUCUGAAGCUGCUCUAAAAAUUCACAGCAGAGUCCACAGUGAAACCUAUGAAAUCCCUUGCAAAUACUGCCACGUGACAUUCAGAAGAAAGGUGGACAAACUUAAACAUGAGCAGAUUCACGAAGACAGAAACGAUCCCUAUAAAUGUCCCGACUGUCCAAAGAUAUUUCCCACCAGUAAAGCUCGCAGGAUCCACCUGUCAUACCACAGAACGUCAAAGGAAUUCAAAUGUGGAGUUUGUGGGUUUGAAUUUAGGGAUUUACAUCAUCUUCGGAGACAUUCUGUUGUGCACACAGGAUUGAAACCGUACAAAUGUUCGGUGUGCGAGCGUGGCUUCAACCAGGCGAGCAACCUCAAAUCUCACAUGCGUGUGCACACGGGGGAGAAGCCAUAUAAGUGUCCGCAUUGUGACAAAUCCUUCAAUCACAAUGUGAGCUUGAAGAGUCAUGUCCAGCGUGGCCACUCGUCCAGGUCUGGGCGCGGACAUAAGAUGGGUAAGAUCAAUGAAAAGGCAAGCAGCGCUAGUGACGCAGAGGACAAUGAAAGUAAGAGUGGUACCGGCUCUGACUCUGACAAUGCAGAUAAACAAGACACAGGAGAGACGGUGCAGAAGGAGAUGACAAAUUUGCCAAAACGUAUUAGGAGACGCACGGGGAGAUCCAGAGGAAGACCCAAGUCAAACCCAAAUGGUACCUCAGUUCUGUCAGGGCAAAAUGAAGACCAGUGUUCAAACGCUAAGACUUCCAAAUCAAAGUUGAAGAAGUUAAAGAAAAGUGGUGCCAGCGAUAAGGAACUUGAGUUGGAGCAAUCAGACAGGAGGAGCACAAGGACAUCAAGAAGACGACCAACAAAGGACGAUGACGGUGAUUUUCACCCAGAAGAAGAAAAUGAAAAGAAAAAGUGUAAGAGUAGCGGUAAGAACAGGGUGAGACAAAGAAAGAAGGUAGUGGUCUGACAUUUCUGUAAAUACACAGAAUCAAAGUAUUAAUUUGAUGUUGCCGUAACGACAAGAGGUCCUUACAGAACUAGUUGGUUAGGGUUAUAUGGAAAGAAAAAAUCAGAUGAGGUUCAUUGAUUUACACUGUUACCACUUUACAACAAUGCUAUAAAAAUACUUUGAGUGGCGCUAAAAGUAGAAAAGGUAGAAGAAAGCGGUCCAAAGUCAACAUGAGGCCAAUCUAAGUAACUACAGUAUUAAGCUCGUCAUGGCAGCUUUUACCAAUGACACAAACCCCCGGGGCUCUGGGUGAAUGUCAGUGUAAGGUAAAAUAAUUACAAACUCCCUUUUAGGAAAUCUGAGUCAGAUAAUAACCAAACUAAAGGAAUGAUGGGUGUUUUUGUUAAAGCAUACUCUUAGUUCAUGUACAGCAUUAUGAGAGUGAUACUGAGAGUUUCAAACCAAGUAGUUAUUAAAUGCAGGCACUGUAAUAAAUUUGGUUGCUAUGCUUUUUUGUCAUUAUGAAGCUGUAUAACUAAAUGUCAUGACUUUUCCACCUGUUCAGAGUUCAGAUAGAAAAAUGUGACAUGUUUUAGUUCACAAAUCAAUAUGACAGAAUUGAAAUUGCUGGCCCUUGAAUUGGUGGACACAAAAGGAAGGUUUGGUAUUUUCGCCUGAUUGUAAGUUUUGGCACCAAAUUGCAUCCCAUUAAAAACAAGUAUACUAUA